AUGUCUUCGAGAACAAGAUAUUACUUGGAACAGUGUAUUCCAGAGAUCAAUGAUUUAGUUGAGAAGGAGCUAUUCACUAAAAAUGAGGUUGCGAAGAUUAUGAAGAAGAGAACAGAUUUUGAACACAGGCUAAACUCAAGAGGGUCUUCAAUCAGAGAUUACAUGAGGUAUAUUGACUACGAGACCCAAGUUUUCAAGCUUCGAGCCAAACGUUGUCAGAGAAUUCUUCAGAGCAAGAGAACCAACAGUAUUUCUGAUAAGUCUAUUGAGCAGAGGAUAGCGUUUAUUUAUCAAAGAGGUACUAAUAAAUUUCCCCGUGAUUUGAAAUUUUGGGCAAUGUAUUUGAAUUUCUUGAAGAAAAUGGGGACUGAGACAUCUUACAAGAAAGUCCAUACUGUAUACAAUCAAUUGCUAAGACUACAUCCAAAUAAUGUGGAUGUGUGGAUAAGUUGUGCUAAAUAUGAGUACGAGACUCAUGCUAAUUUCAAGAGUUGUAGAGUUGUCUUCCAAAAUGGUCUAAAGUUCAAUCCUGAUUCACCUAAACUAUGGUACGAAUACAUAAAAUUUGAGCUGAACUUUGUCACAAAAUUGAUAAAUAGAAGAAGGGUCAUGAAACUGAUAAAUGAGAGAGAACAAGAACUAGACAUGCUAAAUGAACAAAGCCAAAGUACAAAGAACGCUGUGAAUUCCAAGAGCAUGGAUGAUGAUAACGAAGAAAAUGAAAACGGCAUAAAAGUUCCAUCAACAGGUGAUAAUAUGAAGGACAAACUAAAUGAAUUACCAGAAGCUGACAUGAACAUGCUUGGUAACGCCGAAACUAAUCCAGCAUUACGUGGUGAUAUUGCAUUAACCAUCUUUGACAUCGCCAUGGCAGAAUUGGGAAAGCAUUACAUCAAUAAACAGAAAGGAUACUACGCCAACACCGAUUCCUCAAUCGACAAGGAACUACAAAAGGAAACUGUCCAAUACUUAUAUGAAAAGUCCCUAGAAAUUAUACAGCUAUUUGAUCAAUUCAAAGAUCUUCAAAGAGACUAUUUGAUCAAUCAUGUAAUACAAUUUUGGAAAAAUGAGCACUUCUCAGUUUCUGUUUCGAAUGAUAUGCCCGAAAUUUAUUCAGACAUUAUUGUCACCGAAGUAACGCUUUUGUUAAGAUAUAUGGAUAUUAAAAAUCUUGAUUAUGAUAAGCUACAGUUGUCAGUAAGGAACUACAUGGCAUACAAAAACAAAACUAAGGAAGAAGCUAAUAAAAAGAUCUUACAGAAAAAAUUCAAAACAUUCUUGGAAUCACGCUUUACUGAAAAUGCAUCGGAUGAAGAAGAUAACAAACUUAAAAUACUGCACCAAAUUAUUGCCAAACUUUAG